AUGCAAGAAAAGAAUGUACAUAACCAGGAUCCGCAGUUCGCCCGACAACUCAAGCAUAAGACGGUGACGCCGAUGUUGUUCGACUCGUUCACUCUACAAAAUGUGACGGAGCGACCAUAUUACACGCACGCCUCUUGCCCACAGGUUCGAGGGCCCCAGCAGCAGCCAAGCAAAAGAGCGCACUGGGCGGACACGGUCACGGAAAUCCCAAGGAGCGGCACGACACCGAGGGAGAGGGCCGCCCGCCGCUCCUCGUGGGCACUGGAGCUCUUCCCACCACAAGAACGAGGCAGCAGCCGGGCGUCCGCAGCAGCAGCAAAGUUUGACGCCACGUACGUCGCCCAAGUGGGAACAGAGAGACCACUUUCUUAG